AUGACACUGACUUUGAUCCUGGAGCCAAAUACCAUGUUAAUGCUGACUUACCGAACGGGCAGUGGGGCCCGUCAAACGCUGCGGCUCUGGUAUCAAUGUAUAACGAAUGGCUUUCAAACUUACAGGUUAAAGGAACAAGGUGUCGCACCGCCUGUAGAUCGAGAUGACACUGACUUUGAUCCUGGAGCCAAAUACCAUGUUAAUGCUGACUUACAGUAUAUCAUGUACGUUGUGAGCGGAAUUGUAGAGUUUCAACUUCACAAAUCAGUGUGCAUUGCUGCUGGGCAAUAUGAUCCAAAUAAUUCUACAAGCAAUCAUCUGUACCUAUGUGAUAUAUACGAGAAACCCGAUGCCGGUAACAAACUGAAGAGCAUGAUGGCUUUGGGAAAAUCUCAUGUGUGGCCGGAUGCCUUGGAGAAGGUUACAGGACAAAGAGUGAUGGAUGCUCAACCACUUCUAGACUAUUUCCAGCCUCUCUACCAGUGGCUUGUAAAAGAAAACAAUAGGAGCAAUGAGUAUAUCGGCUGGAAAUCCAAACAAAAACGUUGCUAUAAGAAAGGAAUACCAGCAUGCAGAAUUCAAGAUUCCUGCCGCUAUUCAUAGAGGAAAGGAAAAUAAUAUCUAGAAAAUUCCAAACAUGAUGUCUGACUGAGAAACAGUAUCCUGUAUAAAUAUUUAACAUUUUUAAAUGUAUAGUUUGAUGUAUGAAAUGUAUUUUAUCUUCCUUGCACCUCUUUCUUCGUAUCAACGAAAUUGAUCAUCAGGUGGUGUAAUUAUUUAUAUUGUAAUAUUAAACACAUUAUAUUCUAUACAAAUGUU